AGCAAGUAAGCAAGCAAGCAGGGAAGAGCGCUCGCCGCCGCCUCUUUCUCCUGAGGCCUCCCGGAGACCCAGUUGAGAGAAAGAAGGCAAGAGGGAGCGAGCGAGGAAAGGAAGGAAGGAAGGGAGAAAGAAAGGGCUGAGGGGGAGGGAGGAGGAGGCGCUGGCCCGCGCCGCCCAGCCGAGCUCGACAGGCGCUCAGGAUUCCCGCCCUUCCCUCCUCCUGGACGGACGGAGCGACCCGACCUCCCGCCGCCUCACAGCCCGGCCCGGCCAUGGGGAACGCUGCUACCGCCAAAAAGGGCAACGAGAUCGAGAGCGAAACUUUUGUGAAAGAGUUCCUAGCCAAAGCCAAAGAAGACUUUUUAAGAAAAUGGGAAAGUCCCCCUCAGAAUACUGCUGGUUUAGAUGACUUCGAGAGGCUAAAAACACUUGGAACCGGCUCAUUUGGCAGAGUCAUGUUGGUGAAACAUAAAUCCACAGAACAGUAUUAUGCCAUGAAGAUACUGGAUAAACAAAAAGUGGUUAAACUGAAGCAAAUAGAACACACACUAAAUGAAAAGAGAAUAUUACAAGCAGUAAAUUUUCCUUUCCUUGUAAGACUGGAGUACUCUUUUAAGGACAACUCUAAUUUAUACAUGGUAAUGGAAUAUGUUCCUGGGGGUGAAAUGUUUUCACAUUUAAGAAGAAUUGGAAGGUUCAGUGAACCACAUGCACGAUUUUAUGCAGCUCAGAUAGUGCUAACGUUUGAGUACCUCCAUUCACUAGACCUCAUCUACAGAGAUCUAAAACCUGAAAAUCUUUUAAUUGAUCAACAAGGAUAUAUCCAGGUCACAGACUUUGGUUUUGCAAAAAGAGUAAAGGGCAGAACCUGGACGUUAUGUGGGACUCCAGAAUAUUUGGCGCCUGAAAUAAUUCUCAGCAAGGGCUACAACAAAGCAGUAGAUUGGUGGGCUUUAGGAGUAUUAAUUUAUGAAAUGGCAGCUGGAUAUCCUCCAUUCUUUGCAGAUCAACCAAUCCAGAUUUAUGAAAAAAUUGUCUCUGGAAAGGUACGGUUCCCAUCACACUUCAGUUCAGACCUUAAGGAUCUACUAAGAAAUUUACUCCAAGUAGACUUAACCAAACGAUAUGGAAAUCUCAAGAAUGGGGUAAAUGAUAUUAAAAAUCACAAAUGGUUUGCCACUACAGAUUGGAUUGCCAUUUAUCAGAGAAAGGUAGAAGCUCCCUUCAUACCAAAAUGUAGAGGCCCUGGAGAUACGAGCAACUUUGAUGACUAUGAGGAGGAAGAUAUCCGUGUGUCUCUAACAGAAAAAUGUGCAAAGGAAUUUGCUGAUUUUUAGUAGUCAAUGACGGAGAAGAGGACAUCAGGGCUCACACUGGGAUCUUUGCACUCUGUUAACUCAUGAGAUGGAGCUGAGACCAUCCUAUGUCAAAACAAUUACCUAGUUACUUCAUUCCACAAAGCUGACUGAGGUCUUUAUUGCCAUCUUCCAUGUGUGCAGUUUGCACCAACCCUUAUAACUAGGCACAAUUAAGAAGCACUGUUUGUGCUGUAACACAGAAUAUAGACCACUUUUCCUAUUUACCUUUGGGUUUAUGUUGUUUCUUUUGUUUUCUAUGUAUUUGUUAAUUUUCCCUCUCUUUUCUCUUGCCCCUUUUAAAAUGAAGCAGCCUUUUACCUAAGAACGCUCCGUUUUAUUUUUGAAAAAUGUAUUUGUGUGCGUGAAGCUGAAGGUGUUCUGGCUAGUAUGACUUAGACCGAAGUGAAAGAUAAGUGUUGCUUCUAGUCUGUGCCAGCCAAUCCUCCCGUGUCUGUCUUUGUGUCUGAAGCUACAGUUCGCAGGGUUUUUUGUUUCGUUUUGUUUUUUUAGUAGUAGCUCAGACUAAACCUAGCCAACUUCAUUAGCAUUUUCGAAGGUAGUAUUUAUCGCCAUAUGAGUGUAUGCUGAUUCACUUAAACACAUCUUCCUGGAGACUGACCAAAUUUAGUUAAUAUCAGAAUUGGACAGUUGUGUAGGAUAAGUAGCUAGACCCUGUGCCUUGGUUUUCUACAUGCCGGCAGUUCUUCUCCCUGCCUCAUAGAUCUUUCUUUUUCUUUCUUUCUUUUUCUUUUUUCCCUUUUCUUCUUGGGCAGUAGCUAAACAUGCCAUAAGCAUACUGUGCUAUGAAACACACAGUCUCAAUAAGCAGGAACAAUUCUAUCUAGCUUGGGCUUUGGACCAUAUUUCACCAUGCUUAAUAACCUGCAUUUAAAUAAAUAGCUGUUUAAUUGGGUUUUAAAACACCUUAAAGCCCAAAAUACUGAAAAGAUUUGGUCAGUAUUGUCAGAGAUUAGGACUGAUUUUUAGUAAUGUCAAUGUUGGGGCUCCUGAAGUAUUUCACAUUUCAACCCUUUUUUUAUUGAAGGGGGAAAGCUUUUUUUAAAAAAAUAUCUCUUUAGCUAUGACAAGAAAUGGUUUAGCAAAUUGACAAUUUAGUAUUAAAAUAUUGAUGCAUUGCUAGAUAAACAUGGUAUUUCUGUUAGCUGUGAAGAAUAAAGAAGUAAAUGCCAAGUUUUUAUUCUGGUAUACUAUAUUAGUAAAUCAAGGAUGGGGUGCUGCUCCAAUCAUGGUUCUUAUCAGCAGCGCUUUAUUUGCACAGAAAAAAGACAAAUUUAAAAACUGCCACCAUCUGUGAUGUGGCAUCUUCAUUUCUAAAAUACUUUAUUUUCAUUGAAAUGGAAUGUACAGUCACACACAGAAUUGUUUCAGUUGCAUUAAGUUUCAUAUAAUCUCACCAACUGACUUAAAUGGGUAUUGCUGCCAUGUGCUCGCUUCCAGCACUUUUACACACACUUAUUUCAGUGUUGGUUAAGAAUCAGUGGCUCAGCACACCUUUUUGUGCUAUUAAAUUUACCCAUACAAGUUUUUAAGUUGGUCUGUCUCAAGAUGGUGGAUUGGUAUGUUUAAAAUAAAGUAGGGUAAUGUGGGAUUUUUUUUAUCCAUUUACAUGCAUAGAAGGAUGGAGUGUUUUAUUGAACUGAUUUAGAUUGCUUAUGUAGUUAUGAUGUUUUUUUGUAGGAUGCCAGUGCAGAUGAGAACAUUGGCAUUGCUUCCUUUUACACUCCUUUAACAAAAACCUCUGCAGACAUUUUACAGCCUGGAAUAAGGUGUAUCAUAGAACAUUCAGUCUGUCUUUUUAUGUUGUCAAGCAGUUUCAUACAUCAUCCGCAUUAGGAGUCUGUUGGCCAUAUCUGUCCACCCCUGUCAACGUAUGUGUACGACAAGCAUACAAUAUACUUUGCUGUAGCAAAUUUUGUGUAAUAAAUAUAUUGUCACAUUAAUAAGUUCAGACAUUAUUUGUAUGGAAAAUGUUACAAACUUUUGUAUUUCAUCUAGAAUGAGGACAUGCUGUUGAAUGCUAGCGCUAUGCGAAAAAAAAUCUAAAGUAACUUUGUUGUUUAUGAACUUCAAAGAUUUUAAUAAAUGCUGGAGAUCACCUUUUUAUUAUUAUUAUUCUGGUAUGAAGUUUAGCCUAUAGAUAGAUUGGAUAAUACACAGGACGUGUCUUCUCUGAAACAGGUUCUGAGACUUUAAUCUUGAUGUCUAAUUAGGGAUGAAAGGUGGGGAUCCUAGCUUGUUUGAGAUCUCACUUUAGGUGGAUUUUCCUUAAAUACCGUCUUGAUUCCUUAUGAUUUAUGCAUAUUCACUGUGCCAGAAUCGAAGGCAAAGGUAAAGCCUGUGAUGGAGUAAUAGAUUCAAAGUAAAGGGGCUGGGCAAAAGAGGAGGAUGCCAUUUCCAAGGCAUUGAAAUAACAAACUUGGCAAUAUGUGACAUGGCCCUAUCAUUUUAAACAUACAAAAGCCACGUGAAGAUAAUGCUGCCUGUAUUUAAUUUCAAAACCCUUAUUAUCAUAUAAAAUACUGUAUAUUUGACAGUAGAGACUUGUUAAUUUUACACAAUUUGAGGAAUUAAGUGUUGGACUGUAUGGUAUCUUUUAAUUGUAUUCUAGUUGUAUGUAACUCAUUUUCAACAUAAAGGAUUGUAUCUUCAUUAA